GACUUACAACUCAGCCAAACUGAAUUACAACAAGCAGCUGGUUUAGAGAGUGAAUAACUUUACACAUAUCGGACAGAUUCACCCGAACUUCGUGCUGUUCUGCCGUGUGUACCGGCUCCGGGCUCUGGCUGCUCGUCGCGUGCCGCAGUGGGAUCAGGGUUGAGGAUGGAUCCCGGAUACGAGCAUCGCCUUCUGCAGCAAAUCAACAUUGAAAGUGACAACUUGAGCCCUGUUAAGCUGUCCCAGAGUCAGCGUGGUCGGACACCCACCAGCUCACCCUUGUCCUCACCCAGCAAGCUUGGAGACCGAUUUAUUCCCAGCAGAGCGGGAGCCAACUGGGAUAUCAGCUUCCACAGGAUCAAGGAAAACAAGAAGUCACCGAGUCAGAACAGAAAAACAAAAGAUACGUCUUCUGACAACAUCAAAGCAGACCGGGUGGCCUACUCUGCUUUACUGAAGAAUGAGCUGCUGGGAGCAGAGAUAGAGAAGGUCCAGGACCCCCAGACUGAGGACAGACGUCUGCAGCCAACAACGCCUGAGAACAGGAGCCUCUUCACUUAUUGUCUCAACACCAAACGCUUAUCACCAGAUGACAGCACCAACAUCUCUCCCUACUCUCUGUCACCUAUUAGCAGCAAAAGUCAGAAGUUGUUGCGUUCUCCAAGGAAGCCGACUCGCAAGAUCUCCAAGAUCCCCUUCAAAGUCCUGGAUGCUCCGGAGCUGCAGGACGACUUCUACCUCAACCUGGUGGACUGGUCGUCUCUUAAUGUGCUCAGCGUCGGUUUGGGCACGUGUGUUUACCUGUGGAGCGCCUGCACCAGCCAGGUAACACGGUUGUGUGAUUUAUCGGUGGAGGGAGACUCAGUUACGUCAGUCGGAUGGUCUGAACGGGGGAACCUGGUGGCGGUCGGGACUCACGAAGGAUAUGUUCAGAUCUGGGAUGCUGGUGCUGGAAAAAAACUCUUUGCCUUAGAAGGACACACAGCCAGAGUCGGAGCGUUAGCUUGGAACGCAGACCAGCUGUCUUCGGGAAGCCGCGAUCGCAUGAUCCUCCAAAGGGACAUUCGGACGCCUCCGCUGCAGUCGGAGCGACGGUUGCAGGGCCACAGACAGGAAGUGUGCGGCUUGAAGUGGAGCACGGACCAUCAGCUGCUCGCUUCCGGAGGCAACGACAACAAGCUGCUGGUGUGGAACCACUCGUCGCUGAGCCCCGUGCAGACGUACACGGACCACCUGGCUGCGGUCAAAGCCAUCGCCUGGUCGCCUCACCAGCACGGCCUGCUGGCCUCCGGCGGCGGCACGGCGGAUCGCUGCAUUCGCUUCUGGAACACGCUGACGUCGCAGCCGCUGCAGUGCAUGGACACCGGCUCUCAGGUGUGCAACCUGGCCUGGUCCAAACACGCCAAUGAGCUGGUGAGCACCCACGGAUACUCUCAGAACCAGAUCUUGGUGUGGAAAUAUCCGGCUCUGACUCAGAUGGUCAAGCUCACGGGACACUCGUACAGGGUGCUCUACCUGGCCAUGUCUCCGGAUGGUGAAGCGAUUGUCACGGGAGCCGGAGACGAGACUCUGCGGUUCUGGAACGUAUUCAGUAAAACACGGUCAACAAAGGAAUCUGUCUCGGUUUUAAACCUCUUCACCAGGAUACGAUAACUUUAAUAGAAAAUAAAAACUGGAGUUGGAGUGCAUCCUGGUGCCAUCACUGGAUAACUGCUCAACACGGUGCUAAAGACAGACGGUACAAUCAGAGGACGUGUUUCUCAAAUGUGCACUUUCUUUUUUUUGGGGGGAGAAAUUCUCUGUGACUUAAACACGGUCAUUAUGAUGAAUGUCUUUUGUUUACUUUUUUUUUAAAAAGUGGGUUGAUCUCCUUUUGUUUUGUACUCACAGCUAAAUCACAAGCCUUAAAGAACAUUGUGAUGUUCAUUUUUGUGGACGCUGAAACGUGGACGGAGCAUUGUUAUUUUUUUUAGUUUUUGUUUAUCUCAGGUAUAAUUUAUUUGACACACUUGUUCUACAUUGGAACGUUCAGAGUCUCAGUAUUAACUCCUCUGGAGGAAAAGGCCAUGUCUUACUCUGACUAAAACAGAACAACUAAACACCAUCACCAUGACUGCUGCUGCUGCUGCUGCUGCUGUGAUUGUUGGAAGACUUUGGGUGAAGUCUGGCUGAAAUAAUGCUGGUCAGCGUCUGUGUACAAGAAGUCUAAUGCUGUGCAUUCAGACAUUUACUACAUCGUUGAUUCUUUGCAGUAAAAGAAGAAAUAAAAGAUGGAGGAGCUGAAGACCA